CCCCGAGACUCCUGAGUGCCCCGGUGGUUCCAACUGCCCCGACACCCCCGAUACUCCUGAGACUCCCGAGUGCCCCGGUGGCUCCGACUGCCCCGACACCCCUGACACCCCCGAGACGCCUGAGUGCCCCGGUGGUUCCAACUGCCCCGACACCCCCGACACUCCUGAGACUCCUGACACCCCGGAGACUCCUGGAAGCCCUACGGUCACUCCCACGCCUGGAAGCCCCGACUCGAGCGCUGUGCCUUCCGCCUCUACUCCUGUCAACAACGACUCGAGCGCCCUGCCUUCCGGUACCACCACCCCCGGUGCUACUACUCCCGGUGCCAGCGCCACUACCCCCGGCGCCAUUGUCUCCUCGGCCGUCUCCUCGCCCGCUGUCUCUACCACCCCUGAGAUGACCACCUCGACCAUCUUCACCACCACCGUCAAGACCAUCACCAGCUGCGGACCCGAGGUUACCAACUGCCCUGCUGACGGCACUCCCACCGGCCCCGUUUUCGUUACCGAGACUGUUGCCGUGUCGACCACCGUCUGCCCUGUCACGGAGGUCAACGGAGGCGACAAGCCCACCACCGCCGCUGAUGAGCUUCCCGAGAGCCCCAAGCCCACCACGCCCGCUGGAGGCGACAACCAGACCCCUGAUCUCCCCGACCUCGAGCUUCCUUGCCCCGACGUUGUCCCCAAGUGCAUGAACACCUUCCUCCACAAGGUCAAGGACUGCAAGGACAACUUGGACGCCGCCUGCUUCUGCCCCGAUAAGGACUUUGUUGAGGAGACCUACCAGUGCCUGUACGCCCACGGUGAGACCGAUGACAUUGUCUCCGAGGCUGUCCAGUUCUUCCAGGGCUUCUGCGCUCCUUACAUCCCCAAGAACCCUGCCAUUGUCACUGGUCCCGAUGCCAUCACCUCGUGCAUCACCGUCACCGGCACCCCCACCGUCACCUCGAUCCCCUACACCACCAUUGUCGUCGAGACCACCGUCACUGAGCCCUGCGUCUCGGAGGGUGUCACCAUCACCUCCUCUUCCACUGUCAGGACCAUCUCCACCGAGAUCACUGUGCCCGAGGUCGAGGUGCCCACCAUCACCCGCGGCCCCACUGCCUCUAACCAGCUGCCCGUGGCCACGGAGACCGGCGCCGUCCCUCAGGUCCCCGAGACUGGCGCUCCCCAGGUCCCUGAGACCGGCGCCCCUCAGGUUCCUGCUGAGCCCACCGGCAUCUACAGCACCCUCCUCACCACCAAGCCCAUUGCCGGCACUGGUGGUCUCCCCAUCCCCAGCCCCUCCUCCGAUGUCCCCAUCCCCGGCGCUGCCUCCAACGUCCGCGCCGGCAUGGGUCUCGGCCUGGUCGUCAUGGCCGUUGCCGCCGCUCUCUAAGCGCGCACAUUUCCUCACUUUCAUAGACACAUAGCACACACACACACCCACACGCAUGCAACGCUUUCUUGCAUGACAUCAUACCGUUCUUACGAUCCUUACGAAAUGCUAUUGGCAUUGGUGGACAGAGAGACCACGUUGGGGAUGGUGCAGCAUUUGGACAGAGUCUGAAAGGAAAGGCGGCGGUAGAAAAAUACGAGGGCAUGUUGAUAAGAUAGUCGCAUAUACCCCCCCGGCGCUGCCUCCUCCACUGGUCUUUGUAAUAUUAAUUCGCCCAUCAGGGCUGUGCUUGCUGAAAACCUU